AUGGAGUUAGGAUGUUGCAACUUGUUCUUUGGAUCAGGUUCACUAGAGCCAUGGGACUAUUUUUUCCACCUUCAAAAGUUGGAAAUUGAUAGAUGCGAUAUGCUCGUCCACUGGCCAGAGAAAGUGUUCCAAAGCUUGGUAUCCUUGAGAAGAUUAGUGAUUAAAAACUGCAAAAAUUUGACUGGAUACACACAAGCUCCUCUUGAGCCAUCAGAAACCGAAAGGAUUCAACACCUGCCAGGUCUGGAGUCUCUUCUGUUAGAAGAUUGUGCAAGUUUGGUAGAGAUGUUCAAUGUCCCGGCAUCUCUCAAGGAAAUGAAUAUUUAUUUGUGUCGUAAGCUUGAGUCCUUGUUCGGCAAGCAGCAGGGACUAUCGGAGUUAGUUGAAGGGUCUUCUUGCAGUGAGGCAAUUGUGCCCACAGCUAUAUCAGGGUUGCCAUCCUCGCCAAUGAAUCACUUCUAUCCAUGCCUUGAAUCUCUGUGGAUACUUUAUUGUGAAAGUUUAUCAGCAGUUCUACGUCUUCCUCCAUCCUUAAAAACCAUAUAUAUGGCUCACAGUAGUAUUCUAGUCCUAUCAUGUCAGCUGGAUGGGUUCCAGAAACAACAAGAAGCUACUUCGAUAAAUGUACCAGAGUCAUCAUCAUCAUCAUCAUCAUCAUCAGAGCAUUCACUUACUCCUUGUCUCGAGUCUCUAGUAAUAUUGUCCUGUGCUGGCAUGUUGGCGGGCAUUCUCCGUCUACCCAUGUCCCUCAAGAGACUGGACAUUCGGAGGACCAAUGGGUUGAUGUCGCUGGAGUCUCUGCACCCCGCAUCGCUGGAAGACCUUCAGCUUGUUAGCUGCAGUACCCUGGCAUCCCUACCGAAUGAACUACAAGCAUACAAAUUUCUCCAAGAGCUUGCAAUUAAAGGCUGUCCUGCUGUAAAGAAGCUCCCCAGAUGCCUUGAGCGGCAACUGGGCAGCAUCAAACGCAAACGACUAGAUGCCCAUUAUGAAGGUAUACAUGUCUUUCUUUGUUUGCCACAUUUAACCAACAAAUGCAGUUAUCCAUCCCAUCUCAUGUACCACGUCAACACUGUAUGUACAAAGUUUGUUCUCCAUCAUUUUAAUGUCAUAUGGAAUUAA